AUUUAUCAGAAUCUUCUGGUAAAACAUUUGAACUACACUAGGAAGAUGCAACUUUUGAGCAGGCUAAUGGCUAUCUCAAAGCCCCAAAAUCUGACUUCUUAUGAACAAAAUGAAGUUCUUGGAGCACAUGUAUUUUGGAAACAGAAAGCCAUCCCUGUCUUGGAGAUGUAUGAUUCUGAGGCCUCUCGUCAAAAAUUUAGACAAUUCAAGUAUUUGGAAGUUUCUGGACCUCACGAAGCCCUGAGCCAACUCUGGGAGUUUUGUCUUCAGUGGCUAAGACCUGAGAUUCAUACAAAGAAGCAGAUCCUAGAACUCUUGGUGCUGGAACAGUUUUUAACAAUACUGCCUGAAGAGGUCAGGAUUUGGGUGAAUUUACACCAUCCAAAUAAUAGUAAGGAUAUGGUGACCUGCUUAGAGGAUGUGAUUGAAAUGCUUAACGUAAAAGCGCCAUCCUGCAAAGAUUCUGUCCUACUCCAGAAGGAGAACAAUGAGAAUAAAGACAUGGAAACACACUCUCAAAUAGGCAUAUGCCAGGAACCAGUGACAUUCAAAGAUGUGGUUGUGGAAUUCAACAAAGAAGAGUGGGGGCAACUGGACCCUGCUGUAAAGAAUCUUUACAGGGAUGUGAUGCUGGAGAACUUUAAGAAUCUGAAUUCAUUGCAUAAAGAACACCUACUACCUAAGCCAGUUAAUGUCUCCAGUUUGGAGAGUGAAAAAAAAAGAUGGAUGACGGAGCAAGAAAUUCGACAAACAGGUUUUGAUCGGGAAAUGAUUUUAGAACGUCAAGAUUCAGUUACAAAGUCGAUAAUUUUUGGAGAAGAAUUAUGCUCUCAAGUGAAUAUGACAAGACAGACUGUGAGUGAAAUCGCUUCUUUGGAAGCUCGGAAGAGUGACAUUUGGCUGUAUAGGAAACAGGAACACUGGGACAUAAAUUUACCACAAGAACCUUUUACUCUUAAGACAAAUAGCACUAAGGAAGGAAAUUUAGAAUGUUGUGAAAAUAAGAAAAGCUUUGAUGCUAAAUCAGUUAACUCAGUUAUUUAUAUUCAAGAAGGAAUAUCUGUGAAAAAGGCAUCCUUCAACUUCAAAACUAACUUGAAAUUUAAUUUGCACUCAGAAAGUAAGCAACAUUCAGGUGAUACGGAAUGUGUAAAUGCUAUCAACCUGUAUAAAGAUGACCAUCACCCACAAAAUUUCCCCAAGACAUUUUCCUAUAAGUGCUAUCAGUGUGGAAAAGCUUUUAGCCAGAGUUCAUCCCUUAUCCGACAUCAGAUCAUUCAUACAGGAGAGAAACCCUAUAAAUGUAGUGAAUGUGGGAGAGCUUUCAACCGAAGGACAAACCUUACUAAGCAUCAGAAUUUUCAUACCAAAGCAAAGACCUUUGAAGGCAACAAAUGUGAAAAAGUGUUCAGUAACACUGAAGACAAUUAUAUAAAUACAAUACUUUAUCCUCGAGAUAAUUCUUACAAAUGUGGUGAUUGUGGAAAAUUCUUCACCCGGAGCUCCACCCUUAUUCGACAUCAAAUGAUUCAUACUGGAGAGAAACCAUUCAUAUGUGGGGAAUGUAAGAAAGCCUUCAACAGAAAAUCAAAUCUUAAGAAACACCAGAAAAUUCAUACUAAAAAAAUACUGUAA